AUGGGGGAUAGCUGUUCGGAGAAACAUGUUUGCUUAUACUUGCUCAUCAUGACGAUCUUAUUUGGAGGAAUUGUAUUUCUAAAGCUAUUCUCCAUUUCCGCAUAUGAAAACAUGAAGUUUCAUGUCAUUGAUGCUUCAUUAAAAGAGUUCUACUUAACAAAUGAUGAUAUACUUCAUUACAAUUUCGCGGUAACCAUCUCUGUUAGGAACAGCAACAAGGUUGCACGUAUUUCUUAUGGUGAAAUUCGCUCUAAAAUUUACUGUUACGGCGAGGAUUUGGGUUUUGUUCCUUUGUAUAUGUCUUUCUGGCAAGGCCCUAAGAAUACAACACUACUUCAUCCUGUAUUUAAAGGAAAAACCUUGUUCAAACUACGGGGUUCUCGCCUUGAGGAUUUCAGUUAUGGACAGAGGGAUGGAAGUUAUAUCAUUUAUGUGUAUCUCUACCUUACAGUCCAAGUGAAGCAUGCUGGUGGUGGAAAGGGACUUGAAGAGGAUUACAUAAUUGAAUGUGGAUUGUACGAGCUUCAUUUGUUGGGUUCUUCUUCUUUACCAAAUAAUCAAACAGGUAUUGGUGGCUUAUUUAAAACUAAGAGGUGCGGGGUAUAUAAAGAACACUCACUCUAG